GGCUGCCGGGACGGACCCAAGAUGGCCGGGCGCCUCGGUUCCGCUCCCGCCUGCGGCCCCGAGUCCCAUUCAUUGCCGCGCUGCUGAGCCGAGCCCCGAGGCGGCCCGAGGGCUUCGGGGGCUGUCCCCGCGGGGCGAGAGGCCGCCAUGGCGACCCUGGAAAAGCUGAUGAAAGCUUUCGAGUCUCUCAAGUCCUUCCAGCAGCAGCAGCAGCAACAGCAGCAGCAGCAGCAGCAGCAGCAGCAGCAGCAACAGCAGCCGCCGCCACCGCCGCCUCAGCCUCCUCAGCCGCCGCCGCAGACGCAGCCGCCGCCUCAGCCGCCGCCGCCGCCGCCCCCGCCGCCGCCGCCGCCCGGCCCGGCAGUGGCCGAGGAGCCGCUGCACCGACCAAAGAAGGAGCUCUCAGCCACCAAGAAAGAUCGUGUGAAUCAUUGUCUGACAAUAUGUGAAAACAUAGUGGCACAGUCUCUCAGAAAUUCACCAGAAUUUCAGAAACUGCUGGGCAUCGCUAUGGAACUUUUCCUGCUGUGCAGUGAUGAUGCAGAGUCAGACGUCAGGAUGGUGGCUGACGAAUGCCUCAACAAAGUCAUUAAGGCUUUGAUGGAUUCCAACCUUCCGAGGUUACAGCUAGAACUUUAUAAGGAAAUUAAAAAGAACGGUGCUCCCCGGAGCCUACGUGCUGCGCUGUGGAGGUUUGCUGAGCUGGCUCACCUGGUCCGGCCUCAGAAAUGCAGGCCGUACUUGGUGAACCUCUUGCCCUGCCUGACGCGCACAAGCAAGAGGCCUGAGGAGUCUGUUCAGGAGACCUUGGCUGCAGCCGUCCCGAAAAUCAUGGCGUCCUUUGGCAAUUUCGCAAACGACAAUGAGAUUAAGGUUCUGUUGAAGGCCUUCAUAGCGAACCUGAAGUCCGGCUCCCCCACGGUCCGGCGCACGGCGGCGGGCGCGGCGGUGAGCGUGUGCCAGCACUCCCGGCGGACGCGCUACUUCUACAGCUGGCUGCUCAGCGUGCUCUUAGGUCUGCUCGUGCCUGUGGAGGAGGAACACGGCACCCUCCUGAUUCUCGGGGUGCUGCUCACCCUGAGGUAUCUGGUGCCCCUGCUGCAGCAGCAGGUCAAGGACACGAGCCUGAAAGGCAGCUUCGGGGUGACCCGGAAGGAAAUGGAGGUCUCUCCCUCAACGGAACAGCUUGUCCAGGUUUACGAGUUGACCUUGCAUUACACUCAGCACCAAGACCACAACGUUGUGACGGGGGCCUUGGAACUCCUGCAGCAGCUGCUCAGGACGCCUCCCCCGGAGCUCCUGCAGGCGCUGACCACGCCGGGCGGCAUCGCGCAGCUCACCGCCAACAACGACGAGCCCGGGUGCCGAAGUCGCAGCGGGAGCAUCGUGGAGCUCAUAGCUGGAGGGGGUUCUUCAUGCAGCCCUGUCCUUUCAAGAAAACAAAAAGGGAAGGUGCUCUUGGGAGACGCAGCGGCCUUGGAGGAUGAGCCUGCCUCGCGGUCGGAGGGCAGCAGCCCCGCCCUCACAGCCUCGGUCACGGGUGAGCUGGGUGGUGAGCUGGCCCCCUCCUCCGGCGUCUCCACUCCUGGCUCUGCCAGCUCAGCUGCCGACUCUGUGGGUCACGACAUCAUCACAGAACAGCCCCGGUCUCAGCACACGCUGCAGCCGGACUCGGUGGAUCUGAGCGGCUGUGACUUGAGCAGCGCUGCCACCGAUGGGGACGAGGAGGACAUCUUGAGCCACAGCUCCAGCCAGAUGAGUGCCGUCCCGUCAGACCCUGCCAUGGACUUGAACGAUGGGACCCAGGCCUCCUCACCCGUCAGCGACAGCUCCCAGACCACCACCGAGGGCCCUGACUCGGCUGUGACCCCUUCUGACAGCUCUGAAAUUGUGUUGGACGGUGCAGACGGCCAGUACUCGGGGCUGCGGUUGGGACAGCCCCAGGACGCGGCCGAGGACGCGGACGCCGCAGGGCUCCUUCCCCACGGAGGCCCGGAUGCUUUCAGAAGCUCCUCCACCGCCCUUCAACAAUCACAUGUGUUGAAGAGCCUGGGCCACAGCAGGCAGCCCUCCGACAGCAGUGUAGAUAAAUUUGUCUCGAGAGAUGAAGCUGCUGAGGCAGGAGAGCCAGAAAACAAGCCUUGCCGCAUCAAAGGUGACAUAGGCCAGUCCACCGACGAGGAUUCUGCUCCUCUCGUCCACUGUGUCCGCCUUUUAUCUGCUUCAUUUUUGCUGACGGGGAAAAGAAACGCCUUGGUUCCAGACCGGGACGUGAGGGUCAGUGUGAAGGCGCUGGCGCUCAGCUGUGUGGGCGCCGCCGUGGCCCUGCAUCCCGAGUCCUUCUUCAGCAAGCUUUAUAAGGCGCCCCUGGACAGCGUGGAGUACCCGGAUGAGCAGUACGUGUCGGACAUCCUGAGCUACAUCCACCACGGCGACCCGCAGGUCCGAGGCGCCACAGCCAUCCUCUGCGGGACCCUGGUCUCCUCCGUCCUCAGCAGGUCCCGCUUCCACGUGGGGGACUGGAUGGGCGCCGUCCGGGCUCUGACAGGAAAUGCCUUUUCUCUGGUGGACUGCAUUCCGCUGCUGCAAAAAACGUUGAAGGAUGAGUCUUCCGUUACGUGCAAGUUGGCGUGCACGGCCGUGAGGCUCUGCGUGGCGGCUCUCUGCGGCAGCAGCUACAGCCAGUGGGGGCUGCAGCUCAUCACCGACCUGCUGACCCUGAGGAGCAGCUCCUACUGGCUGGUGCGGACCGAGCUCCUGGAGACCGUGGCAGAGAUUGACUUCAGGUUGGUGAGCUUUUUGGAGGCAAAAGCAGAAAACCUACACAGAGGGGCCCAUCACUACACAGGGCUUUUAAGACUGCAAGAACGAGUGCUCAAUAAUGUUGUCAUCUACCUGCUAGGGGACGAGGACCCCAGGGUGCGACAUGUUGCUGCAGCUUCAUUAGUGAGGCUCGUCCCAAAGCUGUUUUAUAAAUGUGACCAAGGCCAGGCUGACCCAGUGGUGGCCGUGGCGAGAGAUCAAAGCAGUGUUUACCUGAAGCUCCUCAUGCACGAGACGCAGCCUCCGUCGCACUUCGCCGUCAGCACCGUCACCAGAACAUAUAGAGGCUAUAAUCUACUACCAAGCGUCACCGACGUCACUCUGGAAAAUAACCUUUCGCGAGUUACUGCAGCAGUUUCUCAUGAACUCAUCACGUCAACCACCCGAGCACUCACAUUUGGAUGCUGUGAAGCUUUGUGUCUUCUUUCAACUGCCUUCCCUGUUUGCGUCUGGAGUUUAGGCUGGCACUGUGGAGUGCCGCCCCUGGGCGCCUCGGAUGAGGCCAGGAAGAGCUGUACCGUCGGCAUGGUCACCACGGUCCUGACGCUGCUCUCCUCGGCCUGGUUCCCGCUGGACCUCUCAGCCCAUCAAGACGCUUUGAUUUUAGCCGGAAAUUUGCUUGCAGCCAGUGCCCCCAGGUCCCUGAGGAGUUCCUGGACCUUGGAGGAAGAGGCCAGCCCAGCGGCCACCAGGCAGGAGGAGGUCUGGCCGGCUCUGGGCGACCGCUCGCUGGUGCCCAUGGUGGAGCAGCUCUUCUCCCACCUGCUCAAGGUGCUCAACAUCUGCGCGCACGUCCUGGACGACGUGGCUCCCGGACCAGCAGUCAAGGCAGCCUUGCCGUCUCUAGCAAACCCCCCUUCUCUGAGCCCGAUCCGACGAAAGGGAAAAGAGAAGGAACCGGGAGAGCAGGCGUCUGUGCCCGUGAGUCCCAAGAAAGGCGGUGAGGCCAGUCCAGCUGCUCGACAGUCGGAUACCUCAGGGCCUGUCGCUGCAAACAAGUCCUCGUCACUGGGCAGCUUCUGUCACCUCCCUUCUUACCUCAAACUGCACGAUGUUCUGAAAGCUACUCACGCAAACUACAAGGUCACCUUGGAUCUCCAGAGCGGCACUGAGAAGUUCGGGGGCCUUCUACGCUCUGCCUUGGAUGUCCUCUCCCAGGUGCUAGAGGUGGCGACACUGCAGGACAUCGGGAAGUGUGUUGAGGAGAUCCUGGGCUACCUGAAAUCCUGCUUCAGUCGAGAACCCACAAUGGCCACUGUCUGCGUGCAGCAGUUGUUGAAGACGCUCUUCGGGACAAACUUGGCCUCCCAGUUCGACGGCUUGUCCUCCACCCCCAGCAAGUCUCAGGGCCGCGCUCAGCGCCUGGGCUCCUCCAGUGUGAGGCCGGGCUUGUACCACUACUGCUUCAUGGCUCCGUACACCCACUUCACCCAGGCCCUCGCCGACGCCAGCCUGAGGAACUUGGUGCAGGCGGAGCAGGACCACGACGCCUCAGGGUGGUUUGACGUACUCCAGAAAGUGUCCACCCAACUGAAGACAAACCUCACCAGUGUCACCAAGAACCGUGCGGACAAGACUGCUCUGCAUAACCACAUCCGCCUCUUCGAGCCUCUCGUUAUAAAAGCUUUAAAACAGUACACGACUACCACCUCCGUGCAGUUACAGAAGCAGGUUUUGGAUUUGCUGGCGCAGCUGGUUCAGCUACGGGUUAAUUACUGUCUUCUGGAUUCUGAUCAGGUGUUUAUUGGAUUUGUGCUGAAGCAGUUUGAAUACAUUGAAGUGGGCCAGUUCAGGGAAUCAGAGGCAAUUAUUCCAAACAUCUUCUUCUUCCUGGUACUGCUGUCUUAUGAACGCUAUCAUUCAAAACAGAUCAUUGGAAUUCCUAAAAUCAUCCAGCUCUGUGACGGCAUCAUGGCCAGUGGCAGGAAGGCUGUGACACACGCCAUUCCGGCUCUGCAGCCCAUCGUCCACGACCUCUUCGUUUUAAGAGGAACCAAUAAGGCUGAUGCAGGAAAAGAGCUCGAGACCCAGAAGGAGGUGGUGGUGUCCAUGCUGCUGAGGCUCGUCCAGUACCAUCAGGUGCUGGAGAUGCUCAUCCUGGUCCUGCAGCAGUGCCACAAGGAGAGCGAGGACAAGUGGAAGCGGCUGUCGCGGCAGGUGGCCGACGUCAUCCUCCCGAUGUUGGCCAGACAGCAGAUGCACAUCGACUCGCACGACGCCCUCGGGGUGUUAAACACGCUGUUUGAGGUCCUGGCGCCCUCCUCCCUCCGCCCCGUGGACAUGCUGCUGCGGACUAUGUUUCUCACUCCAGACUCGCUGGCCGCCGUGAGCACCGUCCAGCUCUGGGUGUCGGGCAUCCUGGCCAUCCUGAGGGUGCUGAUCUCCCAGUCAACGGAGGACAUCGUGCUGUCUCGGAUUCAGGAGCUCUCCUUCUCCCCGAGCUUGCUCUCCUGCCCGAUGAUCGUUCGGUUAAGAGGUGGGAACAGCGACUCCGCCCCGGAGGAACACAGCGAGGGGAGACAGGGGAAGAACUUGCCGGAAGAAACCUUUUCAAGGUUUCUGCUCCAGUUGGUGGGCAUCCUCCUGGAAGACAUCGUCACCAAGCGGCUGCGGGUGGAAGUGAGCGAGCAGCAGCACACCUUCUAUUGCCAGGAGCUGGGCACACUGCUCAUGUGUCUGAUCCACAUCUUCAAGUCUGGGAUGUUCCGGAGAGUCACGGCAGCUGCCUCCAGACUGCUCACGGACGGCGCGGACGGCGCCUUCUACGGCCUGGAGCGCCUGAACGCCUGGGUGCGCGCCAUGGUCCCCACCCACCCGGCCCUCGUGCUGCUCUGGUGUCAGAUCCUGCUGCUCGUCAGCCACACCGACUACCGCUGGUGGGCAGAGGUGCAGCAGACCCCCAGAAGACGCAGUCUGUCCAGCACCAAGUCGCUUGGUCCCCAGAUGUCUGGAGAGGACGAGGACUCCGAUGCGGCUUCCAGACUGGGAAUGUGCAGUAGAGAAAUCGUACGACGAGGAGCCCUGAUUCUCUUCUGUGAUUACGUCUGCCAGAACCUGCAUGACUCGGAGCACCUGACCUGGCUCAUCGUGAACCACAUUCAGGAUCUCAUCCACCUGUCGCACGAGCCGCCGGUGCAGGACUUCAUCAGCGCCGUGCACCGCAACUCCGCAGCCAGCGGCCUCUUCAUCCAGGCCAUCCAGUCCCGCUGUGAGAAUCUUUCAGCCCCUACCACGCUGAAGAAAACCCUGCAGUGCCUGGAAGGGAUCCACCUGAGCCAGUCGGGCGCCGUGCUGACGCUGUACGUGGACAAGCUGCUGCGCACGCCGUUCCGAGUGCUGGCCCGCAUGGUCGACACCCUGGCUUGCCGCCGGGUGGAAAUGCUUUUGGCCGCAAACUUACAGAGCAGCAUGGCCCAGUUGCCCGUGGAGGAGCUGACCCGCAUCCAGGAGUACCUUCAGAGCAGCGGCUUAGCUCAGAGACACCAAAGGCUCUCCUCCCUGCUGGACAGGCUGCGUCUCGCCACCGCCCCAGGCUCGCGUGGUCCCGCUCCUCGGGUCUCGUCCCACCCGCUGGACGGGGACGGGCCCCUGGCACUGGAGACAGUGAGUCCUGACAAAGACUGGUACCUCCGUCUGGUGAAAUCCCAGUGCUGGACUCGCUCAGACUCCGCUCUGCUGGAAGGGGCGGAGCUGGUGAGCCGGAUCCCGCCCGGCGACAUGGGCGCCUUCCUGAUGAACCCGGAGUUCAACUUGAGCCUGUUAGCCCCGUGCUUGGGCCUGGGCAUGCGUGAGAUCUCUGCCGGCCAGAAGAGUCCUCUGUUUGAGGCGGCCCGCGCGGCCACCCUGGACCGUGUGACGAGCGUGGUCCAGCAGCUUCCCGCUGUCCAUCAGGUUUUCCAGCCAUUCCUGCCCACAGAGCCUGCCGCCUACUGGAGCAAGUUGGAUGAUCUCUUUGGGGACCCUGUGCUGUAUCGGUCCCUGACCGCCUUGGCCCGGGCGCUGGCCCAGUACCUGCUGGUGCUCUCCAGACUGCCCGGCCCCCUGCAGCCUCCCCCCGAGAAGGAGACGGACACCGUGAGGUUCGUGGUCCUGACUCUCGAGGCCCUGGCGUGGCAUCUGGUCCACGAGCAGAUCCCGCUGAGCCUGGACCUGCAGGCCGGCCUGGACUGCUGCUGCCUGGCCCUGCAGCUGCCCGGCCUCUGGAGCGCGCUCUCCUCCCCAGAGAUGGUGACCCACGCCUGCUCCCUCAUCCACUGUGUGCGGUUCAUCUUGGAAGCCAUUGUCGUGCAGCCUGGGGACCAGCUUCUUAGUCCAGAGAGAAAGGCAGACACCCCAAAGGCUGCCGGCGAGGAUGAAGUGGAUUCAAACACACAGAGCCCUCCGUAUCUUAGCGCGGCCUGCAGGAUGGUGGCAGAGAUGGUGGCGAGCCUGCCCUCGGUGUUGGCGCUGGGCCGUGAGCAGAGCAGCCGCACGCCGGCCUUCCUCGCGCCCGUGCUCAGGAACGUCAUCGUCAGCCUGGCCCGCCUGCCCCUGGUCAACAGCUACACGCGCGUCCCGCCCCUGGUGUGGAAACUCGGGUGGUCGCCCAGACCAGGAGGGGAUUUUGGCACGGCGUUCCCCGAGAUCCCCGUGGAGUUCCUCCAGGAGAAGGAAGUCUUCAGGGAGUUCAUCUUCCGCAUCAACACGCUAGGCUGGACCAGCCGUACCCAGUUUGAGGAAACGUGGGCCACCCUGCUUGGUGUCCUGGUGACUCAGCCCCUCGUGAUGGAGCAGGAGGAGAACCCACCAGAAGAGGACACGGAGCGGACGCAGAUCCACGUCCUGGCCGUGCAGGCCAUCACCUCCCUGGUGCUGAGCGCGAUGACCGUGCCUGUGGCCGGCAACCCGGCCGUGAGCUGCUUGGAGCAGCAGCCCCGGAACAAGCCGCUGAAAGCCCUCGACACCAGGUUUGGGAGGAAGUUGAGCGUCAUCCGGGGGGUCGUGGAGCAGGAAGUGCGAGCGAUGGUUUCCAAGCGCGAGAACAUCGCCACCCACCACCUGUACCAAGCCUGGGACCCCGUCCCGUCUCUGUCUCCCGCCACGACAGGUGCCCUCAUCAGCCACGACAGACUCCUGCUGCAGGUCAACCCCGAGCGGGAGCUGGGGGACACCGGCUACCAGCUGGGCCAGGUGUCCAUCCACUCCGUGUGGCUGGGGAACAGCAUCACGCCCCUGCGGGAGGAGGAGUGGGAUGAGGAGGAGGAGGAGGAGGCGGACGUCCCCGUGCCAUCCCCGCCCACGUCACCACUCAACUCCAGGAAGCACCGCGCUGGCGUUGACAUCCACUCCUGCUCGCAGUUUCUGCUCGAGCUCUACAGUCGCUGGAUCCUGCCGUCCAGCGCAGCCCGGAGGACCCCCGUCAUCCUCAUCAGCGAAGUGGUCCGAUCCCUCCUGGUGGUCUCUGACCUGUUCACGGAGCGCAGCCAGUUUGAGAUGAUGUAUGUGACGCUGACGGAGCUGCGGCGGGCGCACCCCCCGGAGGACGAGAUUCUCCUCCAGUACCUGGUGCCCGCCACCUGCAAGGCGGCCGCCGUCCUCGGCAUGGACAAGGCCGUGGCAGAGCCGGUGAGCCGGCUGCUGGAGAGCACGCUCAGGAGCAGCCACCUGCCCAGCAGGAUCGGAGCCCUACACGGCGCCCUCUACGUGCUGGAGUGCGACCUCCUGGACGACACGGCCAAGCAGCUCAUCCCGGCCAUCAGCGACUAUCUCCUCUCCAACCUCAGAGGCGUGGCCCACUGUGUGAACGUGCACAGCCAGCAGCACGUGCUGGUGAUGUGCGCCACGGCCUUCUACCUGAUCGAGAACUACCCUCUGGACGUCGGGCCCGAGUUCUCUGCGUCCGUCAUACAGAUGUGUGGCGUGAUGCUGUCCGGCAGCGAGGAGUCCACCCCGUCCAUCGUCUACCACUGCGUCCUGAGGGGCCUGGAGCGCCUCCUGCUCUCCGAGCAGCUCUCCCGGCUGGACGCGGAGUCCCUGGUCAAGCUGAGCGUGGACAGAGUGAACGCGCACAGCCCGCACCGCGCCAUGGCGGCCCUGGGCCUGAUGCUCACCUGCAUGUACACGGGAAAGGAGAAGAUCAGCCCAGGCAGAAGCUCCGACCCCAGCCCUGCCGCCCCCGACAGCGAGUCUGUGAUUGUGGCCAUGGAGCGUGUGUCUGUUCUCUUUGACAGGAUCAGAAAGGGGUUUCCCUGUGAAGCCAGAGUGGUGGCGAGGAUCCUCCCCCAGUUCCUGGAUGACUUCUUCCCGCCCCAGGACGUCAUGAACAAGGUCAUUGGAGAGUUUCUGUCCAACCAGCAGCCGUACCCGCAGUUCAUGGCCACUGUCGUGUACCAGGUGUUCCAGACGCUGCACAGCACCGGACAGUCGUCCAUGGUCCGGGACUGGGUCAUGCUGUCCCUCUCCAACUUCACCCAGAGGACCCCGGUCGCCAUGGCCGUGUGGAGCCUCUCCUGCUUCUUCGUCAGCGCCUCCACCAGCCCGUGGGUCUCGGCCAUCCUCCCGCACGUCAUCAGCAGGAUGGGCAAGCUGGAGCAGGUGGACGUGAACCUCUUCUGCCUGGUGGCCACGGACUUCUACAGACACCAGAUAGAGGAGGAGCUCGACCGCAGGGCCUUCCAGUCCGUGUUCGAGGUGGUCGCCGUGCCAGGAAACCCCUAUCACCGACUGCUGACAUGUUUGCAGGAUGUCCACAGGGUGGCUGCAUGCUGAGGCCCACGCGGUGGCAGCGAGGCGGCGGGGACUUCGGGCCUGCCAGCCCGGUGGCUUGGCAUCACGGGCUUCCCUCUGCGGCUCGGGGGCCGGGCGAUGGCGUCCUGCCGGCAGCGGUGCGGCUGCGAGCAGGGGUACAUGCAGGAGGCUCUGGGGUUGAGCCUGAGUCCUCCCAGGGCAGGAGCAGCUGUGUCGCGAGCCCUCCGUGCCCGAGCCCAUUAAAUGCCAGUUAGCCAGGUGUUGAUCUUCCUCCUCCUGUCCAGCCUGUUCCUUGGCACCAGGAGUUCUCUACUCUCGCAGGCUGGCCGAGGGCCCCUCUGCUGUCCCGCAGGCGGGCUUUGGAGCACACCCCUCGCGUCCCCGCGGCGAGGCGAGGGGCCCGGGGUCUCAUCUGGGCCGGGCGGGGUGGCUGGGAGCACGACGGCCCCACACCGUUCUUCCCUGUCUGUUUUCUUCUCAGGAUUUAAAGUUUAAUUAUAUCAGUAAAGAGAUUACUUUUAAGGUAA